AUGGGAGUUUCUCGCGAUGACCUGUGGGUUGCAGUGGGUUGGAAGACGAUAUCAAGCUGCCGAGAGAACCCGACUCGAGUGGUGCGACCCGGCUGGCUGAGGCUGGUGGAUACGAACGGGAGUGUACGACUCACUCUAGGUCGCGCACCUUCUUGGACACCCCCGCCACCGCACUCUGGCUCGGAGUGUUCACAAGCUUCCCCUUCAUCACACCUCUUGACUCCAUCGGGGUUGUGUGACUCGGGUAGGCGAGGCAGGCGUCGGUCGAGUGCGCACCGGCCUUCUCGUCGUCGUCGUCGUCGUCGUCGUCGUCGAGGUCGCACCGGAACAGGUGGGGUGGUCGCACAGCAUGUCCCAUCCCACGGCAAAUGGCGGGGGAGGAGGGGGCAACAUCAAAGUUGUCGUAAGUAGAUCCAUGGUCGCCUUAUUCAGAGUCCGAAUACGCUGUGCCGCUGCACUAGUCGCUCGUGCGACGCGAUUCCAGGUCGGGCACCGGUUGAGCCAACAUCAUCUCAGCAUUGAACGAGCGGGUCGCACACUGCAUCACACGACAAAGCACCAGACUUUUACCCUCUUCAAUCAUUCUUUCCUAACCGUCUCAUUCUAAUUCAGGUCCGAUGUCGACCGCUCAACUCCAGAGGUCAGUUCCCCACCCCCUUCCGAGCUUCUGAGGAGAGCCCUAGGGACAACAGAAGGCAGCACGAAGACUCCUCUUUGAGCUUGGCACCGGUCAGCGGUUCAUCAGUAGGCCACCUGGAUAUGUUUGGACAGAGCUUGCGAGGGGUGCGAAACCCCUGGUGCGAAUGGAAGGCAACAACACCUACUUGGAUCCACCCGAAGUAAGUCGUCUGUUCAUCCGAGGUGGGGGUCGCGCUCACGUGGCCCGCGUCCGAGGCUAAUGGCCGAAAUUCGGCAUUUGUGUUAGCCGACCGGUACAAGUCGCAACGCAGACAAGGAGACCAAAUCCUUUGCCUUCGACAAGUCGUAUUGGUGAGAGACUCAUCUUCGUUUCGUCCUGCACGAAUUCUCCGCAUGCUCGGAAGGAAAGCUCAAUCUGCUUCCUCUGGCCGCCGGGUUCUAUCACUACAGGUCGGCGGGGCCCAAAGACGAACCUGGAUAUGCGUCACAACAGACCCUGUACGAGGACUUGGGAAAAGAUCUGCUCGAUCACUCGUUUCAGGGAUUCAACACAUGUAUCUUUGCCUGUGAGUCGCACAUUCGACGACCGAGGAGCAGAACCUGGAUCAGAGAACUGAGCUUCACGCACACUUGCAGACGGUCAAACUGGCAGUGGUGAGCUCAAGUCGGAGUUGAGGUGUCGCAUUCAGUUAGACUUGACACUGAUCCUUUGGUGGCACGUGCCCAGGAAAAUCUUAUUCCAUGAUGGGUUACGGUUCCGAUCGCGGAAUUAUCCCGCUCAUUUGCGAGGCGCUUUUCGAACGCAUCACGUCCCUCUCAACGGACAAACUCUCCUUCACCGUCGAAGUGCGUAACAAGCACGCUCGUCGUGUCGUGCCUUACGCUAACACGCGUUCUUUCUCUGCCCGAGUAGGUCUCUUAUACCGAGAUUUACCAGGAAAAAGUCCGCGAUUUGCUCAACCCAAGCAAUAAGGGAAACCUCAAAGUACGGGAACAUCCGAGCUUGGGUCCCUAUGUCGAAGGGCUGUCGAAGCUGGCUGUUCAAUCGUUCCCGGAUAUCGAGGCAUUGAUGGACGAGGGUACCAAAGUGAGUGAGGCGAUACUGAAUGAGGACAUGCAGGCACACUGACAAAAUCGGUUCCGCAAUGACUCAAAGGCCCGCACGGUUGCAGCAACAAAUAUGAACGAAACAUCUUCACGAUCCCAUGCUGUUUUCACCCUUCUGUUGACCCAAAGGCGCGUCGACGUCGAGACGGGAAUGGCAGGGGAGAAAGUAUCGCGCAUCUCACUCGUCGAUCUUGCGGGAUCAGAGCGAGCCAAUUCUACGGGCGCGACAGGGACGCGGUUGAAGGAAGGCGCGUUGAUCAACAAAAGUCUAACGACUCUAGGGCGGGUCAUCGCGGCGCUGGCUGCCGCGAGCGGGGUGGGGAAGCAUGCGGGUGAGAAGGUGCCGUAUCGUGAUUCGGUCUUGACGUGGCUGUUGAAAGACUCAUUAGGCGGCAACUCGAAGACGGCCAGUGAGUCAUCGAGGUCGGCUAACAGCGACCAGGUGCGCGAAGGGCUGACAUAGUGUUGAUCAACCAGUGGUGGCGGCCAUAUCCCCCGCCGACUACGACGAGACCUUGUCGACCCUUCGGUAUGCCGACCAGGCUAAGAAGAUCAAGAACAAGGCCGUGGUCAACGAGGACCCGAACGCCAGGCUCAUCCGUGAACUCAAGGAAGAGCUAGCGACGCUUCGAACCCGGAUGACGGGCGCAUCGAACGAAGCGACCUACGAUCCCGAUAUCCCCGCCGAGGAACAGAUUGUGUCGUAUCGGACACAAGCUGGUGAGAUCAAGACGAUCACAAAAGCAGAACUGCAGGAUCAGCUGGAGCAGAGCGAAAAGUUGAUGGCAUCGGUAACCGAGACGUGGGAGGAGAAGCUCGUACGGACACAAGAGGUGCAGAAGGAGCGCGAACAGGCUUUGGAGGCGCUCGGUAUCACGAUCGAAAAGAAUCAAGUCGGGGUCCAUACCCCCAAAAAGAUGCCGCAUCUCGUCAACCUCAACGAGGACCCGUUAAUGAGCGAGUGCUUGAUCUAUCAGAUCAAGCCGGGAAAGACGACGGUCGGAAACCUUGGAUCCGAAGUCGCGGCCGACAUCCGAUUGAGUGGUUCCAACAUUUUGGCCGAGCACUGCUUCUUCGAAAGCUCCCCCGAUGGCAAAGUUGUAUUGCACACCCUCCCGGGGAGUCUGACGAUGGUCAACGGUCGGCGCAUUUCGGUCGAUCAACCGAGGGAACUCCGAUCUGGGUUCCGCAUCAUUCUCGGCGACUUCCACGUCUUUCGCUUCAACCAUCCCGAAGAGGUCCGGAAAGCGCGGGAUGCCGUACACCAAUUGCGAUCCCCGCUCAGUAACGAAUUUGACGAUGCGGGGUCGAAGGACUCGCCGGCAGGGACCCGACCUGAAUCACCCAUGUCGACGGCCGAGGCGGACUGGUCUUACGCCCGGCGAGAAGCCGUUGUCGCUCGACUCAAUGGUCAGCACGUCAAUUUGGACAAACUCAAGGAUGACGAACUCAAUCGACUCUAUGCUGACAUCCUCAAAGUCCGACACUCGAGGACCGCAUCGAGCGCCACGAGUGGGGACCGACCCGAGAGUAGGAUGAGCUUCCUCGACUCGGUCCAUGAAGGCGACGAUGACGACGAAGAUGAGGCAGGAGGGAGAUCAGGCCGACAUUCAGGUGGGACCUGGAGUACAGGUCCGACGAGCUAUGGCGACGUCGGCGAUUCGACGUUGACGCUCAGUCAGUCACCUGACUUCGACGAUCGCGUCCAGGCUGUCAAAGACGAGUACGAGACCAAGCUGCAGACGAUGGCCAAUGCCAACGUCAAGGUCGAGGAAGCGACGGCCGAGAAGGCUCAGAUGGAGGCUAGGCUCAAGUCGCUCGAGGCCAAGAUGAUCGCCCAGAAGAACAAGUACGAUAAGAAGGUCAAGCGACUCAAGUCGACGAACCCGUCCAAUGGGGUCCCCAGCGACGAUGACGAGUUUGAUUCCACCCCUUUGACCCCACGAGAAGUGCGGCUGGCUAGGAACGCGGUCCAGCGAUGGCGAAGGUGUCAACGCGUGCGAAUGGCGGAAGACACGUUCUCGCAGGCUGUCUUGGUCAAGGAAGCGAACGCGAUCUCGCGUGAGCUCAAAAAGGGGACGACUUUCCAGUUCGUCGUCAUUGGCCGCAAAAUUCCAUCUUCGGUCGAUGGCGCGAUAGAGGGUCUCGCCGAAUUUGAGGUCUCAUCGGACCCUACGCUGGCGACUUGUCAAAAGCCUUGCAUCGGUGUCAAGGUCCUCGAUCGACGUCACCGCAUGACCUCGAUCUGGACUUUGGCCAAACUGCAGCAACGGUUGCAGCUGAUGCGUAACCUGUUCAAGUGGGUCGAUAACCCCGAGUAUAGCCAGCACUUUGCCUGGGAAGAUCCGUUCUACGAGUCCGAGGCCGAGCGCUCGAAUAGAUUCUCUUACGUCGGAUCGGCGACCGUUUCGCUCGCCCCCUUGUCGCGCAAUCUACCGGCGACGAAUGUCGUGCAAAUCUAUUCGCCUUACACCGCCGAUCCGAUGGGGACAUGUCGCGUUCGCAUCAAGCCCCUCUCGAUUGAGACGCCGGAAAAGCCUGGAGUUCCUCUGGGCAGGGGUACCCACCCUUCCAUCGCGGCAUUCGUCGAAGGUUCAAAACUCACUUUCGAGGUCGUCGUUGAUCGGGUCAUUGGCAUGAGCAAAAGCGAUUUUGUCGCCGUUCAUCUGCAGUUGUCGGCAUCGUCGUUUCUCGUCAAGUCGCCCGGUGAGGAUGAUGAGAUUGUCGCUGGCGAUGCGGUCAACCUGGUCUCGUCUCAGGCGAGCGAGAUCCGCCUUCGACACACCUUCUCCGUCGUUCUCAAUGCCGAACGGCUGCGCGAGCUCAGCCAAGGCUACGCGCCAAUCUCUUUCUUUGCCAAAAUUACGCUCGCGCACCUCGACAAGAUCGAAAGGUGGGACGAAGCACGCGACUCCUCCACAAGCUCUAAGAUCGCCAACGCCCCUUCUCUUCGCGGCGACCCUCGGAACGGCGACGUGACGCGGCGUCACGAAGAUGCCCUCAUCGUCGAACAGACCCAUGACGUGCUGGCUAAGAUCGAAAUCCACGAGUUAGGCGAGUCGGGUAACUACGAGCCCGUCGUCGUCGUCUCGUCGAACCCUCUCGACAGUGGUGCCUUCUUCCUUCGCCAAGGCCUGCAGCGUCGAAUUGUGAUCCAGCUUUCACACAACUCAGGCCGCGGCUGGCAGUGGAAGCGAGUCGCCAAAGUGUCCCUCGGCGACGUGCGCAUGCUCGACGCGCGCGGACGUGUCCAUGCCGCAACUUCUGCUGCGGACGUCGACCUGCGGGGUAUGGGGAACCCACGAGCUGGAUUUUCUUCCGACGGUGUCGCGACAUUGAACUUCGCCGCCGCGUGGGAUAGUUCAGUCCACGAUUCGCCUCAUCUCAACCGGUCCACACCGGCCGGAUCCCGUGUCUUGGUGCGCUUGCACUUCCAGGUUUCGGCGUCCAAUUGCUCCGAGCCCGUCCCGUUCUCGAUGGAUAUUGGUGUCACCGUUCAGAAUCGGGACGCGAGAGGCCCUUCGAAGCUCAUGAAUCUCUUGGGCGCCUCUCGCCUUUCCUCCAGCGUGACCAAUGUCUUUUCUGUUCGCCUGACGCCUUGCCUGACCAAAAAUCCGACCGAGAUCUGGCGGCUCAACACAGCGGAAAUGUACGUUCGCGGCGAAGAGCUACUGGCUAAUUGGCGGCCAAGGGGUCUGUCGCUCGUAAGGGACUUUGAACGGGGCUUGAAGGCAACGAUCAAAGCCGCGGACGUCGAGGCGGCCAAAGCUGUGCUGGCCGCGUUCGAGUUGACGUUGCCGAGCCCUGUCGAGGGUCGGACGAGCGAGAAUCGUCUGACCCAGGCGUUGGAGUUGUGGCAAAAACGCUUCGGCGCAGUGGACGAGGUGAGCGACACGGGCGCGCCGCAUUUGUCACGAUGUUAAAACUGACUUGCGUUGCUUGUGCUAGAUCUCGUUCGAACGAAAACCGGCGAGCACGCCGUCGGCGGUCAUUGACUUGACCCCUCCGCCAAUGCCGUCACCGAGUCUGAGCGUCACCCCUCCUCGAUCUCCGCGACUACGGGGGGCCACGACUCUUGUACCCCGAUCGUGAGUCAGAUCCCGAUGCGUCACCUUUUCAAACACUGACGACAGACGGGAUGUGAGCACAGUGACAUGUUUUCCAAGCGCGGCUGGGUCGCUCUCCUCCGUGACCCAACGAGCAACAAAUGGAAAAAAUACUGGCUCGUGCUUCGCCGGCCUUAUUUAUACCUGUACGAACACAGCAACGAGCUCGACGAGACGAUGGUCAUCAACGUCUCAUCGGUGCGCGUCGAGCAAUCACCCGAAAUAGGCCAAAUGCUCGAGGUGAGCAUCUGACACUGAUGUCGGCUUCUGAAGCCAGGGCCUAACUUUGGCUGCUCGUCCCUCUAUUUUUUUCUUUCUUUACAGCGUCAAUUCGCAUUCGCAAUCUUUACCCAUCAAAACAGGUUGGUUCCAGGCGGAGGGGUCAAUUCCACUCGGCGUAAAGACUGACACACCUGAUACGUGGCUGCAGUUACUUCCUUUCGACUUCAUCGAUGCGCGAGAUGAUUGAUUGGAUCAAGAUCAUCGACCCUUCCCUCGCCGCUUCAUGA